UUUAGGACAUGCCCUCUUCUGUCAAAAGGUAGCACAGCAGACGCGAGGACGGAGGCAACAACCAGACUGGAAGGGACUCUGUGACGCCCAGGAGAAAGUGGGGAGAAGAAGGGGCACUGAGCCAUUCCACAGCCUGGACUUCACAACAAGCCAAACACAAUGACUGACGCUGAAGCUGACGUGGGGCUCCCAACAAUUGAACGGAAACCAGGUCUCCAGAUAUGGACCAUAGAGAAAAUGAAAAUGGUGCCUGUUCCAGAAAAGGCUUACGGGAGUUUCUUCGAAGGGGACUGUUACAUCAUCGUAAAUAACACAAAGACCCGGACCGGAUUUGCCACAGACUUGCACUACUGGAUUGGGCGCGACUCCUCCCAGGAUGAGCAAGGAGCUGCCGCUUUCUAUGUGACGCAGCUGGACGAUCUACUUGGAGGGAACCCGGUGCAGCACCGAGAAGUGCAAGGCCAUGAGUCAGCAGCCUUUAAAAGCUAUUUCAAGAAAGGCAUCAUUUACAAGAAAGGAGGAGUUGCUUCAGGGUUCAAGCAUGUGGAGACCAACAUGUACAACGUCAAACGCCUCCUCCACGUCAAAGGGAAGAAGCACGUGACGGCUACAGAGGUAGACCUUUCCUGGAACAGUUUCAAUCAAGGUGACGUCUUCCUAUUAGAUCUUGGGAAAGUGAUCAUCCAGUGGAACGGGCCCUCAUGCAAUGUGGCUGAGAAAUCUAGGGGAAUGGUCUUGGCACGGAGCAUCCGCGAUGGAGAAAGAGGUGGCCGUGCCCAGAUUGGCAUCGUGGAUGAUGAGAAGGACUCUCCGGACCUCAUGCAGAUCAUGAAAGCAGCCUUGGGGGAGAGGCAGGGAGAGCUGAGGCCGGCCCUUCCCGACGAGAAGGCCGACGAACUCCAGAAAGCCAACGUCCGCCUUUACCAUGUUUAUGAGAAUGGCAAGGACUUAGUGGUUCAAGAGAUUGCUACACGUCCCCUUACUCAAGACUUGCUGAGACAUGAGGACUGCCACAUUUUAGACCAGGGCGGUUUUAAGAUUUAUGUCUGGCGAGGAAAUGAUUCCAGCAAGGAAGAAAAGAAAGCCGCCUUCAGCCGCGCCGUGGGUUUCAUCCAAGCCAAAGGGUAUCCUGCCAGUACGAACGUAGAAGUCAUCAACGACAGAGCGGAAUCCGCCAUGUUCAAACAACUCUUCCAGAAGUGGACAGAAAAGGACGGGACACAUGGGCUUGGCAAGGCAUACAGUAUCAACAAGAUCGCGAAAGUGGAUCAGGUGAAGUUUGACAUCACUCAGCUCCAUGCGAGACCUGAAUUAGCAGCUGAGCAACGAAUGGCAGAUGAUGCUUCAGGGACAGUCCAAGUUUGGAGGAUUGAGAAUCUGGAGAUGGUCCCCGUCAGUCCCAAGACCUAUGGCCAGUUCUAUGGCGGAGAUUGUUACCUCGUCUUGUAUACUUACAUGAAAUCGGGAAGACCUCAUUACAUUAUCUAUAUGUGGCUUGGCCGCCAUGCUUCAGUCGAUGAAGUUACAGCUUGUGCCUACAAUGCUGUGGAGCUGGACAGGAAGUACAACGAUGAACCGGUACAAGUUCGAGUGAUCAUGGGGAAGGAGCCGCGGCAUUUCCUGGCCAUCUUCAAGGGGAAUUUGAUCGUUUACGAGGGGGGCACGAGUCGUGCCGAAAAGACCGAGCCUGAGCCCGCUGUUCGGCUCUUCCAAGUGCGAGGCACCGACGAGUUCAACACCAAAACCAUUGAGGUCCCAGCCAGAGCUUCCUCCCUCAACUCCAACGAUGUCUUCCUCCUGAAGACCAACCAAGUCUGCUACUUGUGGUGCGGGAAGGGAUGCAGCGGGGACGAACGGGAAAUGGCCAAAAACGUGGCCGACAUCAUCUCCAAACGGGACAAACAAACUAUUCUGGAGGGUCAAGAGCCAGCAGACUUUUGGGCUGCCCUUGGAGGCAAAGCCCCAUAUGCCAGUGACAAAAGGUUUCAAGAAGAGGUGGCCCACUACCAGCCACGUUUGUUCGAAUGCUCCAACCAGACGGGACGGUUCAUCAUGACGGAGAUCAUGGAUUUUGGCCAGGAUGACUUGGAUGAGGAUGAUGUGAUGCUGCUGGAUACUUGGGAAGAGAUUUUCCUUUGGAUUGGCAAGGGUUCGAACAGCUACGAAAAGAGCGAGGCAAUUUCUUCAGCCAGAGACUACCUCAAGACCCAUCCGGCUGGGAGAGAUCCAUCCACCUCAAUCAUCAUGGUGAAACAAGGCUAUGAACCUCUGAACUUCACUGGCUGGUUUACUGCUUGGGACCCAUAUAAAUGGAGUGAUGGCAAGACCUACGAGCAAAUGAAGAGCAGCCUUGGAGAUGUAUCAGCCAUAUCGGAGAUCACUGUGGACCUGAAAAAUGCCAACCUGAGCAACAAGAACACCAGCAAUAAGCCUACGGUGUCCAAUCCAGCUGCUUCAAGGACCACAACAACUUUGCCAACUUACCAAACAAACCCCGAGAAGAGCAACAGCAACUACAACAACAGCAAUGCCCCACAGACCGGUGGAAAUGGUGUGUUUGCGAAAGACCUCCUGAUCAAUAAAGCAGUGGAUGAGCUUCCGGAAGGUGUGGACCCUACCCAAAAAGAGCGCUAUCUGUCCGAUGAAGAUUUUUACGACAUCUUUGGGAAAACCAGGGACGAGUUCUACCAGAUGCCCAAGUGGAAGCAGCAAAAUGAGAAGAAACAACAUGGAAUCUUCUGAGCAAAAGAAGCCAUAUAUAUAUAACCCCCAACCCACCCUGACCUUCUCCUGGUUGCUUGGAACUCAUUGACUGGAUGAAUGGUGUGGUGGUCAACUUGGUACAAGUGGAAGGAAAAGAUGCUUGAAAGACAUGCAUCUCCAUCUUGACAUUUUAGAGAACACACACACACACUCCUGGAAUCAAUACUAACAAAGAAUGUUUAGGUAGAUUAUAUCUUCUUAUCUUGACGACCCCAAAUUGGCUGCCAUGGACAUUUUUCUUCCCAUUGGGCGUGUUUCGAUAUUCAAUGGGGCAGCGUUGUAGUUUUUGGUGGGAAGGGAAGCAAAGGAUGGGUACAUCCACACCACACGUUUAUAGCACUUUGAUUCCACUUUAACUGCCAUGGCUAUAGAGUUCUGGGGUUGGUAGUCUCAUGAGAUACUUAGCAUUCUCUAUGGCACUCCACUGAGUUCCCUAAUUGUUGUUGUUGGGUGCCUUCAAGUUGUUUCUGACAUAUCUCAAGUUUUUUCUGGCAUAAUAUCUUCAAAAUAGCUUUGCUAUUGCCUUCCUCCGAGGCUGAGAGAGUGUGACUCACCAAAGGUAAGCCAGGGAGUCUCCAUGACCAAGCGGGGAGUUGUAGUUCAAUGCUCAAGCCACUAUUUGGCACUGCUUUUAUUGUUCUCAAGUAAAUACGUCUAACUGUAUCAGAAAACUACACCUCCCAGGACUCUAUUCACUGGAGCCAGGACAAUUAAAGUGGCAUGAAACCGA